GCCGCCCAGCGGCGCCUCCGCCUCUCUUCCCCUCAGUCCUCACCCAGUCGCCGCCGGCCACCGGACCUCCCCCAGCGCAGCCCACCUCCUUCCUUGCUACACCCACCACCACCUCCCCGAUAAGCUCUCCAACCACUUCUCGAGUAGCCCAGCCCCGCCCCACCCGACUCCCAGCUCCCGGCGGCGGCAUGUCAAGAGCCCUAGCGCGGCGCGCGGCGCCCCCAUUCCUGAGGCUCCGCUCCACGGCAGGCGACGACGGCCACUGGAUCGGCCGGCUGGACCACAAGGACUGGCUCGCCCCGAACGAGGUGCUCAAGAUCUUCGCGAGCAUCAGGGACGCCGCUCUGAUAACCAGCGUGUUCCGGAAGGCCUGCGCCCGGCGCGACUACAAGCCCAGCGAGGCCCUCUACGGCCUGAUGAUCGACCGGCUCGCCGGCUCCAGGCGGUUCAGCGACGUGGAGGAGCUGCUGGCCAGGGCGAGGGCCGAGCGGUUCAGGUUCUCCGACGAGUUCUUCCACAGGCUCAUCAAGAUGUACGGCAAUGUGGCCAACCACCCCGAGAAGGCCAUGGAGACGCUCUACGCGAUGCCUGAGUACGGCUGCUGGCCCUCCACCAAGACCUUCAACUACGUGCUCCACAUGCUCGUCUGCAGGCGGCAGUACGAGGUUGUUCAUGAGGUGUACGCCAGCGCGCCCAGGCUGGGCGUGGAGCUCGACACCUGCUGCUUCAACAUCCUUAUCAAGGGGCUGUGCCAGUUUGGGAGAUUCAGUGAGGCCCUCUCGCUGAUGGAUGAGAUGCCGAAGCAGGAGUGCCGGCCUAAUGUGACGACCUACUCGACGCUGAUGCAUUUCCUCUGCCGGAACUGCCGGGUGGAUGAUGCAUUCGAGCUGUUUGAGAGAAUGCGCAAGGAGGAAAUCGACGCGGAUACGGUUGUUUACAAUAUAUUGGUAUCUGGUCUCUGCAGAGAGGGGAGGGUGAGCUCUGCAUAUGAUCUGUUCAAGUCGAUGUCGUCUGAGGGCUGCCACCCAAAUUCAGGGACUUAUCAGGUACUUCUUGAUGGCCUUGUGGCCUCAAAGAAGUUUGUGGAGGCGAAGGACCUAGUUGGUAUGAUGAGUGCUGAAGGUCUGAGGCCUAGUUUCUCAUCGUACAAGCUGCUGAUUGAUGGCCUCUGUAGUGUUAACUGCUUAGAUGAUGCACAUCAUGUCUUGAAGCAAAUGGUGGACCAAGGUUUUGUUCCUCGGAUGGGUACUUGGACAAAACUUCUUACUACAUGCUUAUGCUGAAAUGUAUGAUCAUGCCAGUGGGCAGUGGUUUAGUGGACCUGACAAUACACUUGAGCAAUGAGAUUAUUUUGUUGCUGGAACUAGUGGACCAACCUGCCCGCCUUUCUGCGUGGACUUGCAUGUUGAAGUCGGAUCUUUUUCCUUAUGGGGAUUAUUAAGGAUUUUUGGUCUCACGAUGACCAAGUUCUGUUUACUGAUGACUCAUAUACUGAUGUACCUGAGAACCGAGCGCUAGCUCGGUUGGCUUGAAGCUCACAGGUGUGAGCUCGCCCACCUACGUUCGAUGCACAGGGAAGGCGUAUUUUCUUCCUAACUAACGGACAGUUAAAGGAGGGACUCUUCACCCUGUAGGCAACGUUUAUAUACGAUGUACCUUGCGAGCCUAUUAUUGGUUUUGUCCCUGAUUUCAACAUCAGUGCUGGCUCCACAUUCUCCAGUUUAAAUGUGAAAAUAUUGACAGUGUUCGUGCAUUUGGAGAGGAUCUUCACUUAAUCCUUCUGAUGAUUCUCUCUGGACCAUACUGCUAUUGAAAACCAGGCAAACAGUAUGGAAGAUGCAUGCCAUGAGGUAGUUUUUCACCUUUUAUACCCUUGAAGUGCAGAAAAUCAUGUUGUUUGUGAUACAGUUAUUAGUCAUACAUUGUUCUCA